CUAUAUACCAUGUUUCAUCCUACAAGAGGAGGUACCCGUGGUGGACGUGAUCAGUUUAGUUGGGAAGAUGUAAAGACUGAUAAGGACCGUGAAAAUUAUCUUGGGAAUUCAUUGAUGGCUCCUGUUGGAAGGUGGCAAAAAGGCAAGGAUUUGAGUUGGUACGCCAAAGAAAGGAAUGUCGAUGAAAGGAAAAAGGCCCACCAAGCUGAAAUGGAUAAAAUUAAGGAAGCUGAAGCAGAUGCCAUGGCCAUUGCACUUGGUGUGAAAAAGAAGAAAACUAUUGAAAGCAAUGUUACAAAAGAAGAAAUCAAGCAUGCCUUAAAUAGGGAUGAGGAUGAAUCUGAAGAUGAAGGUGAAAAAGGAUUAGGUUUUGGAAAAUCUAGUCGUGUCACCAUGGCUACCGGUAAUAAUUCAAUGGAAAUCAUGAACAACCGUCAAGUUUAUUCAAACACAAAACCAGAACCAUCAUCAGUCGAUAAUACAACCAUUCAAAACGAUAAUGAUCAUACUUCAUCAAGAAAGGACAAGAAGAAGAAGAAGAAAUCAAAGAAACACAAGCACCAUUCCAAGAAACGUCGACAUGAUGACUCAAGUGAUAAUGAAGAUGAUAACGAAUAUGAUAGACAUUCUCGACAUCGACACACUUCUCGACAUGAUCGUCGAUCUAGAUCUCCAUCACCUUCAAGUCGGCAUGGACGUUCUCAUCAUCGACGUGAUGAUAUUGACUCCAGAUCACGCUCACCUCUUGGAAAGUCCGUGCGUCGUAGGGAACAUCGAUAUGAAUCAUCAUCACCAUCGAGAAGGCAUCACCGUCACAGACGAACCAGUCGAUCAAGAUCUCCACAGCAUGAAAGAAUCUCAAGGUCUUCAAGAUAUAGUUAGUUUGUAGUAUAGAAAUCGUUUUAUUCAUGUGCCCUUUUUAUUAUUCAUUCAUUUUCAAACCAAUAAAACUUAUUAUUAUUUGACUAUUUC